AUGGGACUGCAUGUUAUCGGGCGCUUCCGCGACGCGAUCCAUCGGGUCAAAAAGUAUGGAAAGCGACAGAGGAGGUUGACUUUACAUCAACCCGACAACCACCAGCAGCAGUCCAUCUGGGAGCGGCUGCCCGAUAGCGUCCUGAUCGAGAUCACAUCCCACUGCGAUCUGCUCACAAUCUACAAUCUCCUCUUAACCAGUCGCCUCCUUUCCAGGCGAGUCGGCAAACGGGAAUGCGCCAUCGCCCAAGCAUGGCUCGACCGCCGUCGACGCCACUACCACCACGUCGUCAACCCCAUGGGCGUCUCCCCAGGAGACGACCUGACCUUCAUCGCAGAUCUGUUUCCCCCGCCCCCGCCCACGUACGCGAACGAUGGAGACGCCCCUGACGACCGGGUCGACUAUACAUUCGGAUACCUGGCUGACCUCACCCGAUGCUGGACGACCUGCAUCCGGCUGUCCUACUACCUCGCGGACCAUGUCGUCCAGCAGCAUCUCCAGACUGAUCCCGACGUGCAGCUGGUCUGGUCGUCGUCCAAAACGGAGAAAGAUCUCGUGUAUAGUCGGGGAGUAGGGAUGCUCCAGGCUCGUCUUCUUGCUCCAAUCACCCAUCUGGCCUUCUUCCUCGAAUCCACCGCCUCCGCAGCAAACAACGCCACUACGAUCACCCCCCGAAUCAUAAAAACCCAGCAGUCCAUCCUCCAACAGCCCCCCUUCACGGAUACCCAAACCCUCCUCACAACCCACCACACCAUGACCCUCCUCUGCGCCUCCGCCCGCCGUCUCAUGGCCCCCGACAUCGCCUCCCCCUCCGUCAACAACUGGCUCAGUCUCCUGCUCACAACAUCCACCCUCGAGCGCCUCCUCGACCUCUUCAGAGCAGCCACAACCGACAACACGACCCCUCCUCCCCACCACCACCGCACAUACCAAUCCUCAUCCCCCUCAGCCUCAUCAUUCUCAUUCUCAUUCCCGUCCCCUUCCCUAUCCUCCCCAAUCGCAACAGCAGUAUCAGCCCUAUCAUCCCACCACCACCACCCCACAAAACUCAAACACUCUUCCACGAUCUCCAUCCCCUCAUCCAGCUGGACCCCCCGCCGUGAAUUCCUCUGGCGCAUGCGCGACGACUGGGCUGAGUUUGUCGCGCUGUCGUCUCCUACACUUCCUCCCAAUCCAUCGUCCCCGAGUGGCCAGAGCCGCGCUGGCAGACGCGAGAGGCUAUCGCUCGCACUACCAGAUCUGCAGAGUGUGUGGUUCGGGGCGGCGCAGAAGGAGAUGGUGCGGAGGGGGGUGAUUCCGCAUGAUUGUGAGGAGAGCGUGCAUAUUUUGCAUGGGUCUGGGGUGCGGUUGGGGUGUGUUUUUUGUGUGGAUGUGGUUUCUUGAUUUACUUAUUUUUAUAUUAAUUUUGUUGGGGGGUCUAAAAUAUAUAUAUAUUAUGGUCCUACGAGGAGAU